GCCCCUCGCCCAACCCCCCAAGCUGGAGGACCACUCCUUAUAGACUGUCUGACUGCCUAAAUUAUGGGUUCACGUGGACGCUGCCAGAAUGUUUUUUUAGCAUUACCAUGAGAACCACACCUCACGUAAUUAGCUACUUGGUGAGAUAAACCUACAACACAAAUAUAUUUCGAGUUUCUGAUAAUAUUUACGUAGUAUUCUUGAAGUUAAACCGUGUCCACAACGUGUUACAACUACAGCAUUCCUAAACUCGGUAUAUUGUCUUAUAACUCAUAUGCACAGAAAUACGAACAUAAUUCAAUGUUAGAAGUUGGCAACGCCCGUAGCCUUCGUCACAAUGCCAGGUAGCAUAGAUAAUACUAACGUACGGUAAAGGCCAAAUUACAGAUCCAUGACAUAUGUGUACGAGUAGCGUCAUCUGUCUGUUAGAAGUUAAGAUGUUUCAAUGUAGCUCUUGGCUUUUACCGAUAAAAACAGUUCAUUAAGAAAUGAUUCGGGUUUUUAUUAACAUAAAUUGAGACAAUUUCACAUUCCUCGCAUAAAGAAUAUCUGACAAUUGCUGUAAAGACUUUUACAAUUGCUAAAUGUGUUAUCAGCUGCUCUUACAGUCACAUCAGUUGGAGCAUGUAAUUUCUUCCCAUUGUAUUGUGUCAUUAAAGAAUUCUCGUGUUUUUGGCGUGAUAUGCUGACAUACAAUGUUAAAAGAAUUUAUGUGAGGUGAACUGCAAUACAAUGCCAACACGAGCCGAGCUACCCCGAAGCAACCAUUUUCAGGAAACACACAGCUGGACUGAUGAUUUGCCAGUUUGUAGACUUUCGGGUAAUGUUGCAUUUAUGUUGAACAUGAUGAUGAAGAUGGAAGUAAUGUUGUGGGUUGGUUUUUCAACUAACCAAAUCUACCGAGAAGAUGGAUGCCGUCAAGAAGAACAUCAGUUUGAAGAUCGGAGCUUCCACUGCUGUGUAGAUGAUAAUACAUUUUUGUAUGGAGUGUUUGAUGGACACGAAGGUGUGCAGGCAGCCACAUUUGCUCUUCAGCGAAUGGCAGCAGAAAUUCUGCUUGGCCAGUUAUCAGGAAAGACAAGUGAUGAAGAGAUCAAAGAAGUUCUCAGGCAGGCCUUCAUUGCUGUUGAAAAGGGGUAUCUUGACUCUGUGGAUGACAGACUAGCUGAGCGGACCAGUCUUCAGUAUGAGAUACCAGAUGGUAUGACUUCUUAUGAGGCUUAUCAAAAGUUCCCUCAUCUGGUGGACAAACUGAAUGCUCUCAACUGUGAGCUGUCUGCUGGUACCACAGUUGUGGUGGCCCUAGUCUACAGUGGACGCUUGUAUGUAGCCAAUGUAGGAGACAGUAGAGCCCUCUUGUGCCGUACUGAUUCCAACGGAGUGCUGCGUGUUGUUCAGCUCAGUGUAGAUCAUGAUCUGCGCAAUGAAGAUGAACUAUUGCGGCUUUCUCAGCUUGGCCUGGAUGUGGACAAAUUUAGACAAGGGUCUCGUCUUGGUAAUCAGGAGAAUACACGUUGUCUUGGAAAUUACUUGGUGAAGGGUGGUUACAAGGAAUUUGAUGAGCUGGUGACUGCCAGAGCAGAACCUGUCAUUGCUGAGCCUGAAAUUCAUGGUGGUAUCCAGCUGGAUGAGACUUGCAGGUAUCAGCAGUUGACAUGUCUGUACCCUUCACUCUGUAACUGUAUGCAGUGCAGAGCAACUGGCUGGUUUCUACUGUUGAUGUCUGAUGGUCUCUAUAAGUCACUAGUGGAAGCCACAAGAACUGACCAAGUAAACAAAGAUAUUGCUCAAAUGGCUGUGGAGCAGUUUCGUGUCCAGUCAACACUCACCGGAGUAGCACAAGCAGUUGUGGACAAAAUUGUUCGUAUUCAUCAUGAUGUCUGCAUGAGUGGUUCAACAUCUCCUGAUGGCCACUUCACUGUGGCUGGUAAACGAGAUGAUAUUACUCUGCUUGUUCGAAAUUUUAAUUUCCCAUUACCAAACGCAUUAAAUUCACCAACAAAUGCAGUUGUUCGUUUCAAUCCCAUUGUGACAACUGUUUCAACCUCAUCAUGGAGUGCAGGUGAUGAUAAUUCCACAAUAGAGAACUCUUUGACUGAUACUACUGCAAGCAAUACAACGGAUGAUCAGAAUAACGACACAUCGACCACAGAGAGUUCAUCGGAUCUCUUUCCAGACAGGCCUAAUCCUGUGGAUAGGAACACGAGAAUAAACGCUUAUGUCGAUUUUUCUGAUUUCUUUCAGAACGUAGAAAAAGCAAGAGCAGAAGGGACCUUGCCAUUGGAUAUUGAAUUCUGAACAAAAUAACAGUAACAUAAAAUUAAUUUAUUAUAUUUAAUUUGGUAAUACAACUCAAGUUCCUGUGGUAAAGCUAAUUUUCAACUUGAUUUUUUUCCCCCAUGUGUUAUCCUCAGUCACUCUAGUCUUCUGACCGUAUGUCAGGUACUGUCUAUUUAAUAUACAUGACAGUUUUAGGAGUAAUUGUACUUUAAUUGUUAGGCAACUGGUUAUUAUUACAAUAAAAACAUUUAGCUAUGGCUGAAACUGAUUUUGACAUAUGGAACACAAUUUGAACGUGAACUGAGACAGAUGUAGCCAACUUAAAGAAGUGGACAUUAUAUUAAUGCAGAGAAUUAAGAAAUGUACAUGAAGGGGUAAAAUCUGAAACCAAAGCAUCAGACAAGUAAAAUGCUAUAAAGUUUAUCAAAUUAACGAUACACUGGCGCGGGUGUGUAAUACACAUGAACAACAAUAAGGUUUCUUUGAGAGUGCUAAAAUUAAAGGCAGUGGACAUUUUGAAGAUCAGAAACAAGGUGGAGAGACCAAGUGAGUGGGAAAGCAAGAACACAGUAACAAGAGGAAUGCUUAUGGGAGAACAGAGAAUAAUGGAAAAGGCUUUGCCAUGAAAUAAUCCAUCCUAGAAAAUGGUGAUAAUGAACAGGAUCAAAUGCAGAACCUUUGAAUACUAAUCUGUCAUGGUAACUGGUACAAUAAAUGGUAGCCGGUUACCCGAGGACAGGAAUGAAGCCAAUAUAAUUGUAAACACGUUGUCUUCAGUGUAAGAAGUUCCCAUUUUAAAUUAUCAGUGAGCAUAGCCAACCUUAACUAGAGUACACUAAUAUGUGCAGUUCAGUUUCACAUUAUUGGAUAAAUAUUCCAGACAGUAAUGCCUUGUUUAUGUACUGAAGGACCUCAUUGAAAUAAUUUUUUUCUUUUAAUUAGAGUGUAACAUGUGUAAUAAGUAAUUAGUCAAAUGUUAAUUAUUGAAGAGUUGAUUAUUUGUGGCCUAAUUUUAAAGAUAAAAUAAAGUAAUGAUGUUAAUCUUUAAAGGGC